AUGUACCGGAAUCGUUGGUGUUUGAAGAAGGUCAUUGCAGGGCAUACGGGGUGGGUGCGCGCUCUGGACGUGGAUGUGUCGAAUGAGUGGUUUGUGAGUGGGGGUAAUGACCGGUUGUUGAAGGUAUGGGAUUUGGCAAGUGGUGCGCUGCGCCUAACAUUGACGGGACAUGUGCACGCGAUCCGUGGGCUAAAGGUGGACUCGCGGCACCCUUAUGUAGUGAGUUGCAGUGAGGACCACGAGAUCAAGUGUUGGGAUUUGGAGCAGAACAAGGUGGUGCGUAACUACCACGGACAUUUGAAUGGUGUGUACACACUCGCACUGCACCCAACACUGGAGAACAUCCUCGUCUCUGGCGGGCGCGACAAGACUGUGCGUGUGUGGGACUUGCGCACACGCGAAGAAGUCCACUGUCUGCGCGGGCAUACAGACACAGUCUUUAGCGUACUCGCACAGGGCGUUGAACCACAGGUAGUCAGCGGCAGCGCUGACAAAACCGUGCGCUGCUGGGACCUACGCACCGGACGCUGUCGUGGGGUUCUUACACACCACUCUAAGUCUGUGCGCGCACUCCACGCACACCCAAGACUCUACGCCUUCCUCAGCGGCGCCGCAGACAGUCUCAAGGUCUGGCAAGGGGAACAUGCCACCUACCAACGAGACCUCAGCCCUAACCAUUCCAUCAUUAAUACACUCGCCGUCAAAGAUGACCCCGACAGCGCCAUCGUCGUCGCAGGCGCCGACAACGGCUUCCUCCACUUCUACGACUUCAACUCCGGUCACAUCUUCCAGUCACUUGAAUCAAAACCCGUCCGCGGCUCACUACACGCCGAAGCCGGUAUCCUCGCCGCCGUCUUCGACCAGUCCGAAACCAGGCUACUUACCGGCGAAGCAGACAAGACCAUAAAGAUCUGGCAACCACUUGAACAGGAGGUAUAG